UGCGUUGAGGAAAUGUGUGCCCGGAAAGAGAGCCGCCGGGUGCCUGUGCUCACUCGCCAUGGUAAAGGAAGGUCACCCCGCGGAGCUUUUGGCAGGAGCUACUAUCCUCAUCAGGGUCCUCUGCACACACAGAAUUUCAUCCCUAAAAGGCACCACGGACAGUCAUCUAAGAAGGCCAAAGACUUCAUCUGCCCGCUAGAUAAACCAGAACAGGGCAUUGAGUUCAAUCUGUCCGUGGACGAACUUCUCAUUGGUCUCGGGCCGGACGCCAGGACGAUCUAUGACAAUGACGGGAACGUGCUGGGAGUGUCUGUGGAGGAUGCUGAAGGGUCAGCACGGGAGACAGAUUUCGGCAUAAAAUCAUCCAAUGUCGAUCUAUCUGACCAGUGUUGCGCUACUCGCCAAGCCUUCUUUGUCAACUCAACACUAGUGGACAUCUACGGCAGGGAGCGACAGGUCGCCCAGUUUCAGAACAUUGGCCUCUACCAGUUCAUACGUCACGGCUUCUGCGGGAACUCUCCUGGAAUCUGUGGACAGCCUGGCACCAUCCUAUCGCGGGGUCACUGUACCGAGGCGAGCACCGUUAUGCAUCUAGCGAUAUACGCACCCGAGAGGGAGACUGGCGUGGCCUUUUCCUUUUUCUAUGUUCCUGGAUUCUGCAGGUGCCAGGUUUUUCCCUGAGGCGAGCCAGUUGCAACUGGUCUGCGCAUGUCUGCAGUUUUGUGAAUGUGUGUACUUUUUUUUUUUUUUUUUUGGAGUUUUGAUUCACUUUCGGAGUUUUUAGGUUUAAAAUUGUUUAGUGAGAGUUAAAACUGGGGUGGGGGUGGGGGGGGGCGGGGGUAGAGAUAAGAGACAGAGCGACAGUACGAUUUUUUGUGGACUUUUUGAGGUGAUAUUCUUGUUACCAUUAUGCCGCUGACGGUCAGGUGGUUUAGGUUAAUGAGUGAGCACUGGGGUACGUGAGUCUUAUACAUGGGUGUGUUCGUAUAUUUGUGUAGAGCGUAUAAUUAUUAUUGGCUAUGGUCGUUUUUGUUUCAAUAGACUUUUUCUCAAGUAUCAAUUGCCGCCUUUUUGGACGCGACAGAAUAGGCUUUGUCUUUGCGAGUGUUAACCUACGUAGGUCAUUGCUCAGGGUAUUGUCUUACCACAGAUUUUUAAAACCCAACUUUUCCAUUUGAAAUUGUUUCAAGUCUAGUUCAUGUUUAGAGGCUCAAAACUACAAUAAACUUUUUUUCAAAACUCA